AUGAACAAUCAUCAAUUUCUGUAUGUAAUUUUUGUUAAUUUUUGUUUUUCGACGACUAUUAAAAUUACACUCGGAGAUGGCAAUGAAGUAAAAUCACUGGAUAUUAACAAUGAGGAUACUCGCCGAAGUGAAAACAAUCCAUUGGCGGACUUUUAUGCUAAAUCGGUAACUAUUGAUCUCAAAAUUGAUGAUUUUGAUGAGAGAAUCCAAAAGGUGUUAAAUGAUCAGAUUAAUACGCGAAGAUCGGCAAUUGACGCGGCACUCAGACGUGAAGAAUUAGACUCAGGUGAAAAAAAUAUUUUUUACCGACGAAACAAUGACAGUCCAAUAGAUAACUUAAAAGUCGAAGGUACCGAUGAAGCAAUUAAUCAAGAUCAACUAGAUGCUACGGAAUCGAGGGGUGGGAUAGCUUCUCAGGAGUUACAAUCAGGGGACAAACAACGGAUAACAAAUGAGGUUAGCAGGCGUUGUUUACUUGCUGGUUCUUUAAUGCUUAAGCAUCAUUUCAUUAAAAAAAUUGAUUUUAUUAGUAGACCUUUCAAAAAAUUUCGGCAGAAACCUCGGAAACCUAUUUGGCAUCCCAUUUUCUUCCCUAAACCUCGACGACCAGCUCCACGUCCUCGUCCACCACCACCUCCACGUCCUCGUCCACCACCACCUCCGCCCCCUCCACCCCCUCCACCACCACCUCCUCCCCCUCCACCACCAAAACCUAAGCCGAAACCCAAAUCAAAACCUAAACCAACUAAACCACCCACAACUAAACCACCCACAACUAAACCACCCACAACUAAACCACCUACAACUAAACCACCGACAACUGAACUACCCACAACUAAACCACCCACAACUGAACCACCACCGUCUCCAACUAAAGAAGUGAAGUCACGUAAGACACGAAGACCAAGACCGACUAGAAACCGAUGGGAUGAAAAUAAAAAAAAAAUGUUUGAUCCGAAUGAUAAAUAUCUUAAACGUACUACACCUUAUUUAGGGUACCAUUCUAAUAAAACAAAAAAGGUUUUCACUCCGGACAAGUCGUUUUUCACUGUAUUUGCAAAAUUCAUGACAGCUAACCCAUCUUUGAUUACAGACUCUCCUGAAGUAGAACAUGUAGCUAGUAAAAAACCAUACAGUAAGGGACAUUCAGUCAUUUGGGAGCGAGAUGAAAACGGUUUUGUUAAUACAAAAAAACCUCAUAAAUCAGAAAAUUUAAUUGAUAAAAAUUCAAAUAAAACUGAGUACUUAAUAACUAGACAUCCUCAUAAGGGAGGGGAUUUAGUUACUAAAAAUCCAAAUAAAGUUAAGCACUCAACAACCCACAAAUCACAUUAUGGAGAUUCAUUCACUAAAAAAUCAUUCAAGGAUGAUUAUUUAAUCACGAAAAAAUCGUAUGGAAAAGAUCAUUCAUUUACUAAAAAACCAUUUGACGAUGGAAAUUUAAUUACUAAAAAAUCAAAUGGAAAAGUAAAUUCAUUUACUAAAGAAUCAUUUGAUGAUGAAAAUUUAGUUACUAAAAAGUCCCACAGAAAAGAACAUUCGUUUACAAAAAAAUUGUUCGAAGAUGGACAUUUAGUAACUAAGAAAUCACCUGGGAAAUAUAAUUCAUCCAUUAAAGAACCUUUCGAUUACGGAAAUAUGGUUACUAAAAAAUCACAUAAAAAUUACUAUUUAUCUACUAAAAAAAUGUAUGAAAACGGUCCGUUAGUUACUCAGAAAUCACAAGGGAAAGGAUAUUCAUUCACUAAAAAACCACACAUAGCCGGUAAUUUAGUUACUGAAAAAUCAAGCAAAAAAACACAUUCAUUUACUAAAGAACCAUAUGAAACCAGACAUUCAAGUACUAAACAUUCAUAUAGUAAAGGGCGUUCAUUUACAAACAAGUUAUAUACAAAUAAAUCUUUAGUUACUAAAAAUUUACCCAGCAAAACGUAUUCACCAACUAAAGCACUAUAUAAAAAUGGACUUUUAGUUACAAAAGGUCCGACUAAAAUUCAUAAUUCAGUUACUAAAGUAUUUAAUAAAACGGAAUAUGUAAUUAACGAGAAAAUUACCAAGGGUUAUAGUGAAAGAAGAUACCGAGUAACUAACAAACAUCGCAUUACAAAACACAUGUUAACAAAUAAACCACAUUCUAAACCACAAAUAGGUAGGUCGAGUACCGAGAGUCAAAAAAGGGUAACGAAACUUUCUACAUUAUCUUCAUCUCGCAUUAGAUCUGAUGAAGUUAAUCGUAAAACUACUUUGAACCCUUACAAAAUAACUAAACAUACUUUUAAUGUCUCUAAAUCAUCACAACAUAAAAUCCUUAAAAAUGUCACUCAAUCUCACGUAGGGAACAACAAUGCUACAAAGUUCUAUAAGUACUUAACAACUAUUGGUAAAAAAACAACUCGUAAAGUUGAUCAUAUGAAUAUUAAACAAUCACACACAACUAAACAUCAUAAGAGUAAAAGUCUCAAUGAUCAUUCAAGAUCAACGAAGAGUGUCAUCUCAGAAAAGCUUACGCCAUUACCUGGCUCUCUUCAAACACACAAAUCAUCUACUAGAAAGCCUAUGAACAAAUUUAAAAUUACAAAACCACCAAAAGUAGUGUCUACAACAUCUAAACUUACUACACAUAGUAAAACAAAACAAAAACAUACCACAAAACCUAACAAAAAAUUAGAACUAAUGAAAAAUCACACCAAAUUCUUAAAGACUUCAACCGUCACUCCUAAAACAGCUAAGAUAGAUGAGACACAUAAAAAAGUAGGGCAUACAUCGACUAAAAAAUUGCUUAAACAUACAGUUUUGACGAAAAGCAUUACAAAAAUUCCAAAACCUACAGUGGGUGUUGCAGGAACUAAUAAACGUUCUACGCUUUAUAAAAAACCUAAAAAACAUAAAAACAGCAAAAAAAAGACCCAGCAAAAGACUACAAUUAAAGCUAAAAAAACAACAAUCAAAUCUAAAAAGACGACAGUCAAACCUAAGGUGACAACCGUCAAACCUAAAAAGACAACAGUCAAACCUAAGGUGACAACCGUCAAACCUAAAAAGACGACAGUCAAACCUAAGGUAAUAACCGUCAAACCUAAAAAGACAACAGUCAAACCUACGGUGACAACCGUCAAACCUAAAAAGACGACAGUCAAACCUAAGGUAACAACCGUCAAACCUAAAAAGACGACAGUCAAACCUAAGGUGACAACCGUCAAACCUAAAAAGACGACAGUCAAAUCUAAACAGACUACAAUUAAAGCUAAAAACACAACAAUCAAAUCUAAAAAGACGACAGUCAAACCUAAGACGACAACCGUUAAACCUAAAAAGACGACAACGAAACCUAAAAAGACUACAAUCAAACCUAAGAGUACUAAAAAACCUCAAAAGAAGUUACCCUUAACUACUAAAAAACGUUUGACCACGAGAAAACAAACGACAGUACUUCCGAAAUGGAGACCUAGAGAACCCCGUAUGGGAGGACGAAGCCAACCAAAAAUACCUUUCAGAGCCGUAGGUAUCCAUCCAAAACAUCCAUACAAUGGUAUCUUAAUGCCUUAUGACAAACCUCGGGAGCCAUUGACCGAACCAAAAAAUCCAAGAACCCAAAUAACUUUUGUUAAUUUAAUCGAAGACUUUAAGCCAAAAAAUAAUUCCUCAUUUCCUAUAAUUUUAACUAUUAAACAAAAACACAAACCUUGUAAAUGCUGCAAUAACAAUUGUCCUACCACAUGUAACAAAUCCUGUUGUAAAAAUACCAAGUCAAAUUGUAAAAAAUUCCAUAGUUGCAAUAGACCUUGUUAUAAAAAUUUUCAUAGACAAUUAGAAAAUAUUGAAGAAGUUGGCACAUCAAAAUUUCAACUUCAGACUCAACAAGGCGAUUCAGACGAUGUAGGCGCUCGUUUACUGGACACUAGAGAAGACCAGAGUGACGUCGUUGGAAGAAUUGAUUCGGAACCGGAUAUGGAAACAACCAUAGAGCCUAUUGCUCUUAGAUAUGGGAUGCAUCGUGGGAAGAAAGGAAAAAAAUCCUUCCGUGAUAAGUUUUUGAUAGAGUGCUUGACUCAGAAGAAAAAUUGCGACAAGCACCAAAAUGAUGAUCAAUCAACUGAAACCGAAAGUAAUAAUGAUGACCAUAUCAUAAAAAGGAAAAAUCCUUUUGCAGCGCAUGGAGACGCACCAGCUGAAGAUAGAAAUUUAACUAAACUGGCCUACGUUAUUUCGAAGCACAUUGUUAAUAGUCUGCCUAAAGACAUGCGAAACAGCAAUUGGGCAGCCGAUUUGGCUUUUAAAAUUGUGUACGAAAAAUUAAAAAUGUAUGAUUCUGGUGGUUUCGGUUUACCUCCUUUUGGAUUACCUUUACAACAAAACUAUAUGUAUGGUAACAGUAGUAAUAAUGGAAGUAAUGACUGUUGCGGCUGUUGUUGUGAUGGUGAAGAUGAAGCUUCAGAUGCUUCUUAUAGAAGCCAAUUGAACUCUCAGAUCGACGUUAAAAUUGGAAAUGAAAACACGUACAAAUGUUUGCCUACAAUUGAUAAGCCACCGAGUGAAGGAUACGUUCUGCUUGAAAAUGUUGGAUGGUUUAAGUUCCAUAAUGAGCAUAAGCCGUGGAAUGAAGCAAGAAAACAAUGCUUCAGAGAAGGCGCUCAUUUAGCAUUUAUGGAAUCUCCACAAGAAACUCAAGUUUGUAUUCAUACCAAUAUAUUUUAA